ACGAGUUGCAAAAGUCAGCUCCGCUUGAUUAAUAGAUCCUUUCGAAACACGUAGUCGUAGAGAAGACCACCAACACAUCAGAGUUGACUACGUAAUAUUGACUCACUACCUUUUCCUUCCGUUUGUGUACGCAUAAUUUAUCCGUUUGCGAAAGCUCAGAUAUGACCGCUUGAACUUGACUACAUAUUUAUCUGUAAACAAAAAUAUGCACAUCGUUUCUUCCACGUAAGGGAAAGCGUACAUAGCGGCUUCGCGAACCAGUGCUCCGCGAACGCGAACAAAAAGACACGACCGGUGACGUAAAAGAAUAGCCGCUUAAGCUUAUCCGUCUUUCGUUUCUCGCUUUGCGUUGACAAGCCCUUAUCUAUCGACGAACUCAUAACUCCGUCGUCAUGAGUCAUGUGUGGGCUGGAGGGCCUGUUCGACGUCUUCCCCGGCCUGAUCCCAGAGACGACACCAGAAAUGAAUUAGGGUACACCGAAUACGCCUGCAGCUUUCAUCCCGGGCGGCGACUCAACGCAGAGUACGAGGCGAGACGGCAUCCACGCUUUGUCUCCCUCGCAGAGUGGCCGCAUCUUGAUGGAGCCUGGUGCCGCAAAUACUACAAGGCUCCCGAAGCGAGCAGUGGCCUCUCGAAGGAGAUGAAGGAACAGCUCCCACCAGCGAGCCGCGAGGAGCUGAUAUCUGAAAUAGCCUCUGGAUGCUACUUUGAUGAAACGUUUCAUCAG